AUGGCCACAAAGGACGUCCUCAUCGCCGAAGAAGGUAACAAUUUCGGGGGAUCUAACAGCGGAGAUAUUGCCACCUUUGACAAAAAUGCCGAAGUAGUCAACUUUGAGCUCGAACCGAAACCAAUUGGUCUUACUAAGGAACAACUUGAAAAGUAUAGAAAUGACCCUUUCUGGAAGCCUGUCAGAACUGUUCUCUUUGCUCUUUUCUGGCUAGCAUGGAUUUUGAUGUUCGGAAUUGCUAUCGCAAUCGUUGUUCUCUCUCCGAAAUGCGCCGAGAAACAGAAGCCAGACUGGUGGCAAACCAAAGUUUCGUACCAGCUCCUCACCGCUACAUUCUACGACUCUGACAGCGACGGCGUCGGAGAUUUCGCCGGAAUCUCCCAGAAAAUUGACUUCCUUCGUAAGAUUGGUGUGACAACAGUCUACCCAACUCCAGUUAUAAAAAUCACAAAAGAUGAAUACUUCAACUCAUACGAUGUCGUCGAUCAUGCUGCAGUUGAUGAACGCUUCGGAACCGAAGAACAAUUCAAGGAACUAAUCGAUACUGUUCACAACAGAGCGAUGUAUCUCGUAAUGGAUAUGCCAGUUUCUACAGUUGACAUAGCACAUCCAUGGUUUGAAAACAGAGAUAAAGCGAAGUUCGUUAUCGCAAGACCAGCGGAUCCCGGAUUCAAUGAGACUAACUUCUACCCAUUCCACGGCGCAAACAACAUCAAGUAUCUAGGUUAUCCAACAAGCCAAAAUCCAGUUUUGAAUUGGAAGAAUGCGGAUGUCAAGGCAACUAUCAAUAGAGCCAUCGAGAAAUUCUUGGAUUUAGGAGUAGAUGGCUUCCAUAUUGACCAUAUCAGUCAAUUAGCUGUAGAUGCUAAAGGAAAACCAAGUCAUGAUGAAGCUGUGAAGGUUCUAGAAGAACUAACGAAGUCCGUUCAAAUUUACGUUGAAUCAAGAGAAGAUUUAGCUGACAAAAAAAUCGUUCUGUUCUCCUCUCUGAAGGACGUUGAAGAUUUGCACGUCAAGGCUACCGAAACGGGACUCUUACACUAUGUUAUCGAUAACUCGUUCGCUAACUUGGACGAGAAGAAAUGUGAGCCACAUGUAGCAAAAUGUGUCCAUGAUGCCCUCAAUGGUGCUUACCAGAGACACGAGGUCGCCAAAUACACGCCACACUGGCAAUUUUCUAACUCGGAAUCUUCUCGACUUGCUUCUCGUUUUGAAUCGUCCGCCGCUCAUUUGCUCUCGUUCCUCCAACUCACUCUUCCUGGUGCUGUAUCUGUGUAUUAUGGACAAGAAUACGGUUUGAAGGAUGCUAUGAGUAAGAAUGGAGAUUUCAAGCAAAUGGGGGUUAUGCAAUGGUACCCGACCUCAAACAAUCAUCAUGGAUUCAGUGGAAAUGAUGUGCCUAUAUUUUUCCCAGAGAGCGAUGACAAGUUGGAGAUGGAUAACUACAAUAGCCAGUUUGAUAUCGCUGACUCUCCUCUCAAAACCUAUCGCAAAUUAGCGAAACUCCGUCAACGUGAUGAAGCUCUCAUUGUUGGAGAAACUGUUCGCGAUGAGCUGAUCAAUAAUGAUGUGAUUUUGUUCUCCCGUUAUGUACGACACGAAAACAACACCGCUAUCGGAUCCGCUUUUGUUGUCGCCCUGAAUUUCGGAGAAAUUGAACAAAAAGUCGACUUCACUGUUGCCCCAGCUUCCAAAUUGCUUCCGACAAAUAAGGACAUGGCAAAGGCUGAAAUCUCUGUUACAACCAACAAUGUCACCGAUUAUAAAAUCCGUGAACAUUACGACUUCAUCAAAUCACCCCUUGUACUCCCACCAAAGCAAGCUGUUCUUCUGAAGUUGUAA